AUGACUGACAAACCAAGACCAUUCUUCAAAAAGGAAUACACUUUCAAGCUGACGGAGAACGAGAAGCCUGAUGAGGAUAAACAGUGCACCAGCAGUAUGACUGGAGACUUAAGACAAAAGGACCCAAUAGACCGCGAAAAAACAGGCAGUCGCUUUUAUGUGAGAGUGAAGGCGACAGACCGACGCAGCCUUCUUUAUAGGACAACAGAUGUUGAAGUGAACGUUGAAGAUGUUAACGACAACCUACCCUACUUCAACAACACCCAGCAGAACUUCAUAGUAAAUCAGAAUGUUUCGGUUGGCUAUGUGAUCGGGAGAGUGAUAUCGGUAGACGCUGAUGAACUCAGUCACCCCAUAUACACAACCUUUACUGAUGUUGAGGGAAUCGAACUGCUGGGUGAUGGAACUCUGGUAGUGAGGGCUUCUCUCUCGAACUCAACCGAGGUGGACAUGGUUGUCAGUGUCACAGAGGAGAACUUCAGAGGAUCAAUCAGCAAAUUUCCAACAACUACAGCAAAUGUCCACAUAGAAGUGCGACCAGACGAUCAUAACGAACAUACUCCCGUAUUUGGAAACGAUGCUUAUGAAGCGUCAUUGGAGUUUUCAUCUGAAACUGGUACAGAAGUUAAGAUUACCAACUUCAGGGCAACGGACGCCGACGGCCACAAUGUAACAUACGCCAUACAAACAAGAAAUGAUAGGAAUAACCUCGAGAUCGACAGUCAAACCGGGAAAAUAUCUGUUCACAUUAAACUUGACGACACAGUGCCCCGAGUCUUAGAAUUAGUUGUAAUCGCCACCGACAGAAGUCUUCACCCGAAGACUGGAUCGUGUACAGUUAUGAUAACCCUUCAUGGAUAUACAGAAACAGAAUGUGUAGCUAAGCACGAAUAUUCACGUCUAGAACAGGACUCAGAUCAGAGAAAGGUGUUCCUUGGGUUAUUCAUUACUAUGGCAAUCCUACUUGCAGUUGUCAGCAUUAGUGCAGUGUUUGCUAUAUACAAGUGGAGGACAGUAAAACGUAGAACACAGUAUCAGGAAAAUAUCAACAUGGCUCAUGGUAAAACAGGAAAAGCUCCAGAACAAGCUGGAUAUGACUCACUAGCUGCAGGCAGCAAAGAUGAAGAAACAGCGUACAACAAACUCAAAGACAGAGAUUUCUCAUCCGGCGUUCCAAACCCAGCAUAUGUGUCGACAGGUCCAAGACCUAUUUGCACGCCCCCAGCAGAGCCCAUUCCUGGCUCUUAUGCUGCUGAAGACAUUCGGAUAUGAAAUACACCUUUAUUCCCACUGAAGCAAUUUGCUCAAAGUAAAUAGCUUCAUAAUAGUGUGUUCAUCACUCUUGGAACUUCUCGGCGUGACAACUGUAAUCUUGAGAAAUAUUGAGACAUCGUCUCCUCGGUGCUGGAACCGAUGUUCGUUGCGGUUUGAAAACACAACCGUCCAGAUAAAAAACGUUUCAUCUGUUUGACACACUUAUAUAUAUAUAUUUGAUACACACUUUUUUUCACAAAAUUGUAAUGUUAUAUUCAUUGAUCAUGUGUCAAUCGCUCUUCACAUUUGAACUGUUUUAAGUACCAUUGCCAACUGCAUACAUUGUGACUUGAGUUAACUUUUCAACAUGGAACGUGUAUCACUUUUAGUUCAUGUUGUUUGAUAUUGAAUAAAACAUACAUUUUCGUUUAA